CCGUGGAGGGGGCCCCAGUGGAGCAGGAGGCUGGGGGUGGCCUGGAGAUUCUGAGACCAGGGAUAAAAUGAAGAACUGGAAGGCAAAGAUGAAAAUUUCUGAAGAAAAAGAUUUAGCAAGGGCUGUACCAGAAAUACUCUAAAAACAAAUCUCCCAGGAAUGUGGGUUAGUCAAAACCAGUGAUCCUGAAGACAGGUUAUUGUGACAUUGGGUAAGGCCCUCAGAGAAUGUGGUGAAGCAGCCUCCUUCCCAAGAGAGAGCCAUCAGGGAAGUGGAUUUCAUCCCCAAGAAAGCCAUUGCAGGAGAUAAUGAAGGAGGAAAAAUACUUUCUGCCGAAGAAAGAUCCCACAGGUAUGACAUCUGUGGCCAGAGCUGCAAACAGAAGUCAGAAGUAACUGAACAUCAGAAAAUUGAUACUAUCAAGAAAAUCUAUGAAUAUAAGGAAUGUGGAAAAACUUUUAAUCAGGGAUCAAGCCUGGUUAUACAUCAGAGAAUUCAUUCAGGAAAGAAACCAUACAUAUGUAAUGAAUGUGGGAAAGACUUUAAUCAAAGUUCAAAUCUUAUUAUACAUCAGAGAAUUCAUACAGGAAAGAAUCCUUAUAUAUGUCAUGAAUGUGGGAAAGACUUCAAUCAGAGCUCUAAUCUGGUUAGACAUAAGAGAAUUCACAGUGGUGAGAAUCCCUAUCAAUGUAAAGAGUGUGGGAAGGCCUUCAAGGGAAGCUCAAACCUUGUCCUACACCAGAGAAUUCAUAGCAGAGGGAAGCCAUAUGUAUGUGAUGAAUGUGGGAAGGCCUUCAAUCAAAGCUCAGAUCCUAUAAUACAUCACAGAAUUCACACAGGAGAGAAACCCUAUGAAUGUUAUGAAUGUGGACAAGCCUUCCUAAGUUCCCUUGUAACAUCAGAAUUACUGGAUUCAAGCCUUCAGCAGCGUUCACGCCUUACUGAACACCAGAGACUCCACAGUGGAGAGAAACCCCAUGAAUGUCGUGAAUGUGGUAAAUCCUUCAGUGGGCGCACAGCUUUUCUUAAGCAUCAGAGACUACAUACUGGAAAGGAACUUGAAUGUGAAAAAGCCUGCACUUCUGAGUUGGAUCUUAUCAAACAACAGAGAAUACAUAGGAAAGAAAAACCAUAUGAAUGUACUGAGUGUGGUAAAACUUUCCGGGGAAGUUCAGAUCUAAUUUGGCACUGGAUAAUUCAUACUGGAGAGAAACCGUAUGAGUGUAGUGAAUGUGGGAAAGCCUUUGGCCAGAGGUCUCACCUUGUUACACAUCAGAAAAUUCAUACUGGAGAGAAACCCUAUCAGUGUAAAGAAUGUGGGAAAGCCUUCCGGCAGCAUUCACUCAUCAUUCAGCAUCAGAGGAUCCAUAGUGGGGAGAAACCCUAUGAAUGUAAGGAAUGUGGGAAAUCCUUCAUCUGGUGCACAGCUUUUCUCAAACAUCAAAGACUUCAUACUGGGGAGAAACUUGAAGAAGGUGAGAAAACAUUCGGCAUGAAUGAGUUGUUUAAAGAAGAGCAGAGAGUUCACCAUGAAAAAAAAAAAGCUUGUCUUGGUAAUCAGUGUGGUAGAACUUUCCGGAGCAGCUCAGACAUCAUACACGUCACUCAUGCUGGAGAAAAACCAUAUGAAUGUAAAGAAUGUGGAAAAACCUUCAGUCAGAGCUCAGACCUUAUGAGACAUCAUAGAAUUCAUAGUGGUGAAAAACCUUAUGUAUGCAGUAAAUGUGGGAAAUCUUUUAAGGGGAGCUCAGAUCUUAUUAAACACCAUCGUGUUCACACUGUAGAGAAACCCUAUGAAUGCAGCAGCUGUGGGAAGGCCUUCAGUGGGCAUACAGCCUUUCUUAAACAUCAGAAACUUCAUCCUGGAAAGGAACUUGUUGAAUGUGAGAGGGUUUUCACACAAGACUUAUUCUAACAGGUUGCACAACCUAAUGAAUGUAGAAAAAGCCUGGUGGAAAUCACAUCUUAUUACACUAUAGAGGAUUUUUAUUAUUCAAAACCAUUUGAAGAAAGGAAAACAUUACAAGAGUCCUAGUGUAUGGAAAACAUGUAAGUAUAGUCAGAUGGAAAAGUUCUUGGACAUAAAAUAGCCUUUUUCUGCCUCAGAAUUAUAUUGGAAUAUGGUCCCCAGCAUAUAAUUACUUGACAGUGUUUUAGGCAACUUCUGUUGUUACUAAAUCAUUAUAAAUCUCUUCAGCAACAACCCAAAAACUAAAUUCUUCAUGAAAGGAGCCCUUUAAAUCUUGACUACCUAGUCCAGUGACCAGUAAAAAUCUUAAGUACUUUAGUGUGAUUAAAUAUUUCUCUGGGAUGAAUUCUUUGCCUUAGGUAGGUGUUUUACACAUAUUCUCUUUUUUCCAUCCUUAUAAAAAUAUGCUUAUGCAUAUGCAAAAAUGCUAAUUAGAAUGAAUCCCUAAUUGACAAGAAACCAAAAUAAUAGAAAUGACAAGAUAGCUGAAGGCCAGGAGGAUACAAGAGCCACGUGACGAGUUUCCCCAGAGAAACAGGAGUGACUACUAGUAGUAUCAGGAAAUGAAAGACCAAGGGACAGGAGAACAGUAGGUUUUGGGACUAGGAUAAGACUGAGUGCUGGGACUGAGCAUUUAGGUGACAUGGGUUGGUGGGAAUUCGAAGAAAGCAUCUGCCAUGAAAGUUCAGUCGAUUAUAGGGAAAGUGGUUUUCUCUUGAACCAGGACUUUAAAAUUGGGCACAGCUUAUUUGAGAAUUGAGGAGUCUAAACAGAACUCUGAAGAGGUCAUUAUUUAAGCUGCCAACUAAUUUGGUAAUUAGGCCCUGCCUCUGGGCAAACUCACUCCUUACAUAUUUCUUAUACUCUGAACUACUGGCAGAUUGCAUCUGAAUUUCCAUGAAUCAUCAAAUAAGAAAGCUCCUGAGAGAACCAUGUAAGGCAAGGAGAAUUUCAACCUCAUAUCUUUCAUCAGUGGGAGUAGCUUAUGAGAUGCAUAGAAGGAAUCAGUGGUUCACAAUGGGAUGGUUUUGCCUCCUGUGGACAUUUGGCAAUGUCCAGAGACAUUUUGGUUGUCACAACUUGAAGAAAAUGUUGACUAUAUAAAGUCCAAGGAUGUUGCCAACAUCUUAAAAUACACAGCCCUACCCUCCUCCCGAACAAAAAAUGUUGACACCUUCAGACCAGGUGGUCUCAAGUAUCACUAGUGCCAUUUUUGAGGAACCCUACCCAUGGACAUUUAAAACACCAGUCACCUGAGGCCACUUAAGUGAGCAUUUCAGUGUCAUGUGGGCAGUGGCAGUGUGUCCUGGGGGAACUCAUAGAAACCUUUAAUUUAAUUAGGAGGCAAUCUGGUGUGGAGGGAGCACAGA